AAUGGCCUUUGCUUCGUCCAGCAGGAUGGCCUAUAAGCCAUACGUCCAGCCGAGUCCCCCGUGCGCAGACUGCAAUGUGCCCGUCGAAUGCCAGGAGCCCCUCUGCGCCUCCGCCAACGCUCUCACCUCCCAAUGCACCGACCAGUGCGUUGUCAUCGCCUGCAACGAUCCUGAUCACGCCGAAUCGAUGUGCGACGUCUCUGGAGAACACUUCCACUGCGAUCUCGUCUGCGACGACGCAACAGACUGCACGGACUGCCAUGGCUUCGACGCAUUGCUCCAAUGUUGCACCGACUAUCCUGCGUAUAACACCGGUCCAUCUCCGCCACGGCCGAUGCUCCCAUACAGCCAUACCCAAUCAUUUAACUGGGACUCUUCUUUCAAUCAGUCCUGGUGUGACUGCACCGACCCUCACGGCGCCAAACCCACCACCUUCCAAGACAAGCACAUCGAUUCUAGUGGCAUACCGUACGCCCUGACAGGAAGAGGCGUUCAUGGACUUUUGGAGAAAACCGACACUUCCACGUCCAGCGCCCCGCACCGCGACACCUUUCAAAUCCAAUCAUAUCCCCAGUCCCCCCAACAACCACCGGCGUCUUCCCCCUCCUCCUUCAGCUGUAUGUGGGGCAAUUGUAACACCUCGUUCCCCUCGCUAUCUGAACUCGUCGGGCAUGUCAAUCUUCACCAUCUCGUCACCUCUCCACCACCACAGCCAGAGAGUGACCCCAACAGCUUCGGUCGCAGCUUUAACCCAGGAAACCAGCAGGCACCGGUCUCCUGCAUGUGGGCAGAUUGCGACAGAUCCUAUUUCACAUCGCGCCCUGAUCUAGACGUCCUGGCUUACCAUCUCAUGCGCGAGCACCUUGGGGUCUCGCCUCCUCAACCUCCUCCGCGAUCACUUGGCGCCACAGACCAGCCGUUGUUGCAAAACGUGGCCAUGACCGUUCCCUCUCCCGUACUCACCAGCAAGCUCGACACAGCGGAGAAUGUGAAUUCACGAACAGAACCCCCAGCCGCCCCUUCCCCGACCCCAGUUAAUGAGCAACAUUCUUGCGCAGGCUCCCACGAAUGUCGAUGGAAAGACUGCGGACUGCCCUUCCCGUCUUGCGACGAACUAACAGCACAUAUAACCUCCGUCCACGUCGGUGGAGGCAAGGCCCAUUACGAGUGCUUUUGGGACAACUGCGGCCGGAACGGCGGCCAGGGCUUCCAGAGUAAGCAAAAAAUAUGCAGGCACAUUCAGUCCCACACAGGCCAUCGGCCUUUCCAAUGUGAGAUAUGCCAACAAAACUUCUCCGAAGCUGCAACAUUGCAGCAGCAUAUCAGACGCCAUACCCAAGAAGAACCUUACGUCUGUGAUUACCCCGACUGUGGGAAGUCGUUUGCGAUCACUGGUGCAUUAACCAUCCACAAGAGGACACAUAACGGCGACAAGCCUUUCAAGUGCAGUUUCUGCGACAGGGGCUUUGCCGAGUCUUCCAACCUCUCGAAACAGCUCCGAACACAUACAGGCGCACGGCCAUACGUCUGCAACGAACCGGGUUGCAACAAAGCCUUCGCCCGUCCGGACCAGCUCAACCGCCACAAAGGCGUCCAUAGAAAGCAACUACGAGGGGUAGGUGGGACGACCGUAGAGACCUG